AUGCUUGGCUGUCUGAAAAGUCUGUGUCCUUGUCUAAAAGAGUUGGCCAAGCUUCUGACUCAGGGCAUACUUCCUUCAAGCCAUCUAUUCACAUGGGCGGAUGACACAACUGCACAUUUGGGAAUCUUUGUAACAAGCGGGAACGCCGAACCCAUGGAAGUACUCACUACCGCGUUUCAAGCCAUUUCCAGGCUUCAAGGAUCUAAUGGUGGGGCAUUUGGGCUCCCGGUUACGGUCAAUGAUGCAGCCACAUCGGGAACUACCAACGCAGACGACCCAAAUACAAAGUGGUUCAACAUGGCAUAUCAAUCCUUCAGGGCGCAACAAUGGCAUGUGGUGCAGCUGUCAGAGCCGUUAUGCAAUAAGGCCCAAUACAGCUUGUUCUUUUGGUGUGCCUCCUGGUCAAAAUCCGCAGAAUCACCCAGAGCUUGGAUCCCCAACCCAGAACACAGGCCCUUAGCAGUAGAUACAAUGAAUGUUAACUCCCCGGGGGAAGGUACCAGUGCUCUUUCAUUGUAG